AUGACGCCCUUUCUGUUCCUCUCUCCGCUGCUAGCCGGCGUCACCACCUGCCCGGCCGCGUGGCGCGGCCAUGUCGCGCCGCGGCUGCAGCCUGUUCGCGCGGCCGUGGAGGACAGCGCGGAGCCCGCACCGCAUCGCGCCGGCUUCGUCUCCAUCAUCGGCAUGCCAAACGUGGGCAAGUCGACGCUGAUGAACCGGCUGGUCGGCGAGCGGCUCGCCAUCAUGACGCCAAAGGCGGGCACGACGCGCCACCGCAUCCUCGGCAUCCUCAACGGAGAUGACUAUCAGCUCAUCUAUUCGGAUACGCCCGGCAUUUACUCCGAGCCGCAGUAUAAGCUGCAAGAGGGAAUGAUGGCCGCGGCGCGCGCUUCUCUCUCUCUCGCUCUGCGCCCAGCCUCUCCACCGCAACACCGCCACCGCCGGCCUCCUUCCCUGCAGGGCUGGGAGGACGAGGCCAUCCUCAGGCAGGUGGAGGCACAGGCGUGCCCGCUCAUCGUCCUGCUCAACAAGGAGCUGCUCGACAGCUGGCAGCAGCGCUUCCCGCAGGCGCCGCCGGAGCCCCUCUCCGCCCCCUUUUCGCCCAGCCCGCCCUGCCCACCGGCCGCUUCUUUGCAGGCGAGCGUGCUUCCGGUGAGCGCGGAGACGGGCGAGGGGAGCGAGGCGCUGCUCGCCCGCGUGCGCGCCUGCCUGCCUCUGCACGAGCCUUUCUUCCCGAAGGACCAGCUCACGGACCGGCCCGAGCGCUUCUUCGCCGCCGAGAUGCUGCGCGAGGCCAUCUUCACCGGCUACCGGCAGGAGGUGCCAUACUCGUGCGAGGUUGCAAUCACCGCCUUCAAGGAGCUCGACGAGAUCAUCCGGGUCAAGGCGACCAUCUUUGUCUCGCACGAGACGCAACAGGGCAUCGUCAUCGGCCGCAAGGGCGCCGCGCUCAAGGCGGUCGGCUCAAAGGCGCGCAAGGAGAUGGAGGCCUUCUUCUGCAAGCAGGUCUACCUGCAAACCUCGGUGAAGGUGCGCAAGGACUGGAGGCAGGACCCGGCCGCCCUGAGGGACUUUGGGUACACGCACUAG